UCUAAGUGAUAUAGGUACCUAUCAGGCACAGAUUGGGUGACUGGAUUACGUACGGAUCCGUACCUAGGUACCUUUUUGAUCCAAUCAUGACUAACAUUGUGGCUCGAACGUCGCUCCCGUCUUGCUCCACUCUGGUUUAGGUAAAAAUACGUUUACAUAAGCGUGGCGCCUGGAAAAGUCGCCUCAAAAUAAUUCCACUCAACAACGAUCCUUGAAGGUAACUUAGUUUCUUCAACUCAUUUUCCUUAGACAUCUCUUCUCCUCAACGCGCAAAUUCACAAAUAUGUCGUGGAGAAACCAAGGGAUUACGGGAUCCAACAACAUCCCUCUCGGCAAGAGUCGACGAUUUGGAGGCGAAUUAGACGAUGCGACCGAACAACGCGAAAAUGGAAGCGAUAGCUUCAGCCCUUCCAAUGGGGACCGCGACUUGAAGCGCGGUCGCAGCCCCGAGCCAAGAACUGAUGCCGAUGGCCCUCGACGCCGAAAGAAGAGAAAUCGAUGGGGUGAUGCAUCCGAGAACAAAGCUGCCGGGCUUAUGGGUCUUCCCACGGCUAUCGUAGCCAACAUGACUAGCGAGCAACUAGAAGCCUACACUCUACACCUUCGAAUCGAGGAGAUUAGCCAGAAGCUGCGCAUUAACGAUGUCGUCCCUGCUGAUGGCGAUAGAUCCCCAUCUCCCCCGCCGCAAUACGAUAACCACGGUCGCCGUGUUAACACUAGAGAAUACCGUUACCGAAAACGUCUCGAAGAUGAGAGACACAAGCUUGUUGAGAAGGCUAUGAAGACCAUUCCUAACUAUCACCCACCCCAGGAUUACCGCCGCCCUACCAAGACCCAAGAGAAGGUCUACGUGCCCGUCAAUGACUAUCCAGAGAUUAACUUCAUUGGUUUACUUAUCGGUCCUCGUGGCAACACAUUGAAGAAGAUGGAAUCAGAAUCAGGUGCCAAAAUUGCCAUCCGCGGAAAAGGCUCCGUCAAAGAAGGCAAAGGCCGAUCUGAUGCUGCCCACGCCAGCAACCAGGAGGAAGAUCUCCAUUGUUUGAUCAUGGCAGACACCGAGGAAAAAGUUAACAAGGCCAAAAAGUUAAUCCACAAUGUCAUCGAAACCGUAAGUUUCCUAUAAGCUCUAUAUGUCUAAAUGUUUAUAUACUAACAUCA